CUCCGCAGCAGCAGCACCGCCACCCUCCCCUCACACCACUGCCUGCCACCGUUUCUGCGAUCCAGCGCUCUCUCUCGCCGGCUCCUCCGCUCCUUUCCUCACUGGUCGUCCCUCUCUGUGCGCGAUCGUGCCAUUGAUGCCCACUUUACAGCGUGUCUGUGGUGGAAAGUCAGCCUCUCUCUCUCGCUCUAAGUCCCUUACUCUCCCUCGUCCUGCUCUCCGGUUGCGCUGUGGCAAACUAACAAACAAGAGGAGGUGUUAACUACUUAUUUUUUCUUUUUCUUUUUUUUUUUUUUCUUUUUUUCUGGCUCUUUCCCCUCCACCCCACCUCUCCAACAACAAAAAACAACAACAACUCGCCUCCACGUUAUCUCCCGGUUGCGGCUGCGUAUUCGUCCAGAAAGGGUCGGUGCCGCGCCGAUGAUACUCCCAACUCCGCAGAAAAGUUUUCGGUUUGUUUAGAGGAUAAUAAAAAAAAAAAAAAGAAAAAAAACGAAAGAAGGGGGGAAAGAAGAAAACGCCGGAAACCAAGCAGCCGUCUUCAGUAGAAGCGGAUUCUCGCCACGGAGAGGGAGUUCUUCCUUUGAUGCUGGAUGGUAGUCGGCGAAGCUUUGAAGCUCAACCAGAGCAGCUCACUGCACCACUCGAUGCUGUGUGAGAUGCUGACUGCCAGAAGAUGAGGAACCAGCUUUGACAAUCCACAGAUAUCCUCCCUUUUUGGACCAUUUGACUUCAACAUCACAUCCAGCAUCUGCAAGCGAGGGAAGAUUUUACCUGCUCUUGCUCCGGAAGACAACCUCCAAAACUGACUGGUCCAGUGGCAGUGGCUUUUACCUGAAUGAUCUGAGCCAAAUCAUCCCCUUGUGAAUUUGGUUGCCGAAACAGUAGAUGAUUUGAGUUUCUUGAGAGACUUUCUCCAAAGACAAAAUCAUUUCAGUAAACAUCCUAGUCUCCUGAUUCCUAUCAGACUCAUUGCAAGGGCUACUGAGUAUUGUCUUUAGCUUCCCUAAGGAGGAAUAUUUUCCUCCUCCUCCUAAAAUCCUUACAACGUCCUUCAACCGCCCAGACAUGGACCUCCACCGGGCAGCCUUCAAGAUGGAGAGCUCCUCCUAUCUGCCAAACCCUCUUGCUUCUCCAGCCCUCAUGGUGUUGGCCUCUACUGCUGAAGCUUCCCGUGAUGCUUCGAUUCCGUGCCAGCAGCCUCGCCCCUUUGGCGUCCCGGUCUCUGUUGAAAAGGAUGUCCAUUUGCCAUUCAACAAUGGUUCGUACACCUUUGCAUCAAUGUAUCACCGUCAAGGCGCGGUCCCUCCAGGAUUUCCCAACAGGGACUUUCCUCCGUCCCUCCUCCACCUUCAUCAUCAGUUCGCCCCGCCCAACCUGGACUGCUCGCCCAUCAGCAUGCUGAACCACAGCGGUGUGGGCGCCUUCAGGCCUUUUGCCUCACCUCCGGAAGAUCGGGAUGGGGCACCGGGCGGUUAUCAAUCUGCGUUCACCCCGGCAAAGCGCCUCAAGGGCUGCCUGGAUGCGGAAGCUUCACCCCACCUGCGUUACUCUGAUGCCGAGGGGAAAGAGUAUGACUUUGGCGGCACCCAGAUCCCUCAGGGAGGCUCGCCCAGUAGCGCCUUGAAAGCAGUUGAGGACAGCGGGAAAAAGAUCUUCGCCGUGUCCGGCCUCCUGUCAGACCGAGAGACUUCCUCCAGCCCAGAGGACCGCAUUGAACGCUGUAAAAAGAAGAUGUCUCUAUAUGACAGCCAGGCUCCCAUUUGUCCAAUUUGCCAAGUGCUGCUGAGGCCCGGAGAGCUACAGGAGCACAUGGAAACCGAAAUAGAGAGACUAGCCACAAUCUGCCUCAGUAAGAACCCCUCGUCCAAGGAUGGCGUAGCCACUCCGGGAACUCCCAAGUCGAUGCUUUUGUCAGUGCACAUCAAGAGAGAGGGAGAGUCUCCGGUGGUGUCACCCCUGUCAUCUGAAGAUGCCCACCACUCCGACAGAUAUCAGACAUUUUUACGAGUUCGGGCAAACAGGCAAACGAGAUUGAAUGCUCGUAUAGGCAAGAUGAAGAGGAGGAAGCCUGAGGAGGGGGGGCAGGUAUGUCCGCUGUGCAGCGCCCCAUUGGCUGGGAGCGAGGAGGAGAUGAGUAGACAUGUGGAACAAUGCCUGAUCCAGCGCGAGGGGGCUCUGGCCGACGAAGACUCCGCAGACAUGGACGGCGAGAACGGGCGGGGCUUCGACGAGUACGAAUGGGCGGGGCAGAAAAGGAUCAGAGCUACGGCCUUACUGGAGGGAGGCUUCAGAGGAACUGGAUUCGCCACAUGCAGUAUCAAGGAGAGCGCGGCGGACAGUGACGCUGACCUUGACGUGGACGGAGACGACACGUUGGAGUACGGGAAGGCCCAGUACACUGAGGCCGACAUCAUCCCCUGCUCCGGAGCCGGGGAGGACCAAGGAGAAGCCCGGGAGAGGGAGGCGCUACGAGGAGCUGUGCUCAACGGCGGGAUGCCUUCCAACAGAAUAACGCCCGAGUUCUCCAAGUGGGCAAACGAUGAGAUGCCUUCAACGAGCAACGGGGAGAGCAGCAAGACAGACCCCAGCACUCCUUCAUCAUCAUCCUCCUCCUCCUCAAAUGCUCCACGUACCUGUAAAAACAGCGAGAUCGAAAAGGUGACAGAGGAAGAAUCAACAGCUACCACUAUGGAGGCUCUGAAGGCCCGAAUCCGAGAGUUGGAGAAGCAGAUCCUUCGGGGAGACCGGUACAAGUGUCUCAUCUGCAUGAGAAAGCCUGCUCUCAAGCCAGGCGCAGAGAUCAAGAGCAUAGGGGUGUGGUCGGGCUCCCGGCCACUGGCCAACGAGGUUGGAGAGAGGCAACCUAAGUCCCUCCCCCUCGGCCUGUACUGCCUGUACAGGGGCCUUGUGAUUGGGGGCUACAGCAGCAGCAUAAAGAGGCUCCUCCCACAACCCCUACGGAGGGACUCGUACACGAUGCCUCUGACGUCCAUCCAGUGUUGGCACGUCCAUUGUGAAGAGUGCUGGCUCAGGACUCUGGGGAACAAGAAGCUGUGCCCGCAGUGCAAUACCAUCACCUCACCUGGAGACCUGAGGCGUGUCUACUUGUAAAGAGCACAACGGCUGCCUCUUUCAUUUCCUUCACCUUGGAUUCUCCCUUUGCCCCAUCGUCACCUUUAGCUUUCUCCUGUGGACUGUUCGCCCCAUACCUCCGAGAGCAUUUAGAGACAAGACAGCAGUCUUUGAGACUCCACUGGCUCUUUUGGGAGGCUAACACUCUGUUGAAGAAGUGACGUAUAGACACUCUCGUUGACUGUCCGAUCGUCCAUUUGCAGAAAGAAAAGAAAAUACGGUGACCCGAAGUCCCAGAUGCUUAACAAAUAGGUUCCCCUGAAGGACUUUGUCAGCGGAGAACCCUUAACCCCACCCAUAAAGAAAAGUCCUGCUGACUCCUGGUAGCUUCACGCUGCUGGGGAUGAACUCCUCGUUCCUGCGCUUCUUUAAAAUUUGACUCCAGCUUGGACAGCAGGAUCAUCGUUGAUGACUUGACAGAACGCUUCUUUGAAUUAUUUUAUUUUUUUUAUUUUUUUCCUGAAAAAGCAAACUCUUCCCUCACAGAACUUUUGCUUAAGUGUUUGGGGGAAAAGACUGGACCAGCCACCAAGAUUGAGCUUUCAACCAGAGAAUACCCCUCCGAACCUUUCCACAAAGAAGUUUGACGCUCCCUGUCCUCCACUUCUUCUUUUCCCGAAACUCUUCUUUUCUUUUUCCCUUUUUGUGGUGUUCCAGUGAAGUAAACCAAAAUUUGCCCCCCUCCAAAAAGCAGUGCAAGCACAUGUAAUAUAGUUCUAUGUAAGUUUACAAUGUUGGGUGUAAAUGACAUGGAGAUCUCAUACUCACUUGUACACGCGAACACUCACAUUGCCAUCAGAAGACACACACCGAAGUAUACAUUUAAAAUCCUUUUUUUUUUUGUUUCCUUUUUUUUUUUUUUUUGAGUCAAAAGUCAGUUUGGGAAUAAUGUGUGUGUGAGGGGAAAAAAUGGCUGGAAUAAAAAGCCUCUGUAUUUUUGAAAAGAAAAAAAAAAAAGAUCAUUUUAAGGUCUGUUGAAGUUUUAUUUGAUUGUACAGGAAUAAAAAGAAGAUAAUAAGAAUAAUAAACUACUCAAGACUAGAUUGUCAAGAUUUUAGGUGGUGUAGUUUUUCUGCAGGUUACCCUGGAAAACUAGAUCAGAACAUAAAGCCAGGACAAAUGUUAGUUCUGUUGAGUGGAGAGAUUCCUAUCGCCCGAGCCUUCAUGAAACCCUGCAGAGCAGCCCAAAUGUUCUUUGAUGUUUUUAGCAUAGCUUGUUCUUUUUCGCCAGCCAUUUCUUCUUCGUUUCUGUUGGGGUUAUGCCAUGAUCAGAUCAUAGUCAGCAGACACUUAUUUUUUUUUACCCCUACUUGUCUCCAAAAACAGUUAUUUUUCCUAGUAUUCCCAUAAUGCUGUGCUGCAUAAAAAGAUCCCAAGAAGCAAGUCCAAAGGGCUUUUUGUUUUCUUUUUUCUUUUUUUCCCCCUCUAAGCAGUAACAAAUGAGUAAAGGCUCUUUAAAGGAAAGAUGCCCAAGGCUACACUGGCAAUCUCCACCAACCCAGAGCAUUUUCCCCUUUUCCCUUUACCGCAGCAGCAUCAGCAGCCAAGAUGGUGGUGUGCUUUGUGUUUGUAAAACUAUGUAAUCUGUGAUGUCUGUAUUGUUGUAAGAAAUAUUGGGAAAAAAAGAAAAAUAAAACUUCUCAAAUAUCACGAGUUAACUUCCUCACACAGGAUGAAAGGUGAAGAAAAGUUGGAAGAAAAAAAAACCCUGGCAGAUACGGCUUUAAUGCAAAGGCGCCCACAAUUUCUAUCCUUUUAAAGCCUUUUUAUGCCACAGCUUCAAAGCUCUCCUGCUCCGUCAUAGUUAUCUAAGAACCAAAUGUUUGGAAUCCGCGCUAUGGGUCACUUAUAGAACAAGAAAAUUCUGUCUUUGUCACCUCGAAUGUAGCUUUUUCAUUAGAUAUACCUAAUUCUACAGUUAGCUUGACAGUGGCAGGUGAAAUACUUUUGAGCAAGAUUUGUAACUUUACCCCAUUACUUUAGAACAAGUCCAUCGGACUUUGCCUCCUCUUAUAAACUACAAGAAAUUUGCGUCAGUUCCCGUUUCUGUCUUGUACGUUCAUGGAAAUGGUACGUGUCUUUCCCAUUUGUAAGAUACAACUGACAUGGAUUAAAUACCUAAAUAUCAAA